AUGGAGACACCAAUAACUCUAGUAUCAAGGAAGGAUGCUCGAAAACAAAAAAGGAUAAUAAAGAAAAUACAGAUGGCCGCUCAUCGUCAUGGUCAAAAAGUCGAAGACUACAUGAAAAACAUUUUAAAAGAUUCAAAUAAGAAGAAGAAGAAGAAAAAAGAGAAAAGGAAAAACGAAGGAGCCGAUAAUAGUAAGUCAAACGAAGGUUCUCCUGCAGCUUCGAAUCCGAAGAAAAAAGCUAAAAUCUCUUCCACCAAACACAAUGAUGAGACUCUCACUUACGAGCAAUACCUGGAAGAUGUCAAAAACAUCCAAAAAAACAGUCUGAUGGGUUCAGUGCAGGAUCAAGCCGACGACCGAGCUAUUCAUACGUAUUCUCGCCUUCUUGGGAUAACUAAGAAUAAGUCGUGCAAAAACGAAAUGGAAAACGAUGGAUUAGAUAUGAUUCUUAAUUUCUGUGAUUCGAAUGAUCGUUCAAAGUUGGAUGACUACUUCAUGGUUCCAGCACUCGAUGGUAUGGGAUUGAAAAAUAAAGAAGAAAAAGAUAAAGCAAAGAAUUCUAAGAAAGUUGAGAAAGCUAAAGUAGAAGAGGAGGAAGACUACGAAGACGAGGAGGAUGAAGACGAUGACGAUGAAAACUAUGAUGAUGAUAUUCUUGCUAUGGGCGAUGAUGAAACCGACAUGGAACUAGAUGAUGAGGAUCUAGAAGAUGGUGGUUCUGACUUAGAAGAUGAAGACGGAGAAGAGUUCGAAGAUGAAGAGUUUUCUGAUGGUUCUGAGGACAUGGAUGAGGAGGAUGAAGAAGUUGAAACCUUAGUAUCCAAGCAGAAAACGAAAAAAGCUAGUACAGUCACAAAUAAGAAAACUGCAAAGAAAAGAAAGAUGGAAGAAGAAGAUGAAGAAGAAGAAGACGACGACGACGACGACUAUGAUGAUGAUGAAGACGAUGAUGAUGAUGAGAAAAGUGGAGGCGCUAAAGAAGAUAUCUACGGGAGAAAAGUCAACAAUCAAGGAAAUCUGAUUAAAUUCGAUCCCCAAGCUGCUCAAAAGAAGUUAAUCGAACUGGAAGCCUCAAUGCCGUUGGAGCAACGGCAGAAGAUGGAGAAGACUUUGAUGUCAAUUGUGAACAAGGUGUCUGAUGCAACGUUGCUCAAGAGCAGACUCAAUCUAAUUGAAGUUUGGAACACUUGCUCGAAGAAUGAAGUGAAAAAGAUUCUUACAAACAUUCUUUUGAAAAUGAUUUCGACCCCAUACAGACUUCCUGACGUCAUGUUAAUAGCCUACGGGAUGUUCAUCAACCUCAUUCACAAUACCAUCAAUUCAGAAAUAACGGCUCACAUGGCUGAAGUUUUAGUUUGCGAUUAUAUCAAAUGCAUGCAAGGACCGAAAGUCUUAGACGACAAGUCUCUGGAUAACAAAACUGUGUUGAUCUCAAUGAUGAUUUCGUUCAGGAUCCUGAAGACUGAGUUCAUUCUCGAUAUAUUGAACCAUAUAAGUAAAGAGAUAACAGAGGAGACACUUCACCAUGUGAUACUAUUUGCAAAUUAUGUUUAUUUGACAGCCAAGCGUUCCUUCUCUGCAGCCUUCUUCCAAAAGUUAGAACAGAUUCACAGUGCAUAUGAAAGCUCUUCUAUAACAGAACAAUCUCGUGGUCGGUUCAUAGCAGAACAAAUUGCAAAAUUGAAGAAAACUGGACCUACAACCAUUGAUAUCAAUCUAUUUGAUAAUCAGAACAAACUUCUCAGAGGACUCUAUAAACAAAAUAAAUUUGAAUCUGGCCUUCCAUUAGCCAUGACCAUCAAUGAUCUCUUGCAUGCCGAGGAAACUGGAAGAUGGUGGAUUGUUGGUUCGGCUUAUCGUUUGCCAGAUGAUGCUCCCAAAGAGGCUCAGAAACAAAAAGGAGAUCCCACCUAUUCAGAAGAUAUUCUUGCAGCUGCUAGUAAGGCCAGAAUGAACACAACAGUUCGUAAAAACGUUUUCUGUGCUGUCUCGUCUUGCGAAACAGUCGAUGAUGCCGUUUCAAAUCUGCUACAGCUCAAACUCAAAGGUUCCAAAGAGAGAGAAAUCAUCAAUGUUUUGAUCUAUAUGAUGCAGGCGGGAAAAACAUACAACCCAUUCUACUCUUCUGUUAUUCAAAAGCUUUGCGAAGCUAAUAAACGUCAUGGGAUUACCUUGAAAUAUGCUCUCUGGGAUAAAUUGAAAGAUGUUCAAACUAUGACUGAUAGGAAACGAGAUAACUUUACGAAUUUUCUGAUUGAUAUCAUACGAGGAGAAGUUCUGCCGAUUACCGUUUUGAAGGUUGUUGAUUUCGUAACAAUGACUGUGGCCAUGGCCAAUAUUCUAAAAGGAGUUGUCGUUUCUUUGGAGAAGUGUGGAGAAUCAAAGCUGAACCGAAUACUAAGCCCGCUUACUCGACAGCAGAAAGCGGCUGACUCAAACUUCGCAGAUGGUUUCCGUGUCUUCUUAGAGUACAGGGCAUGUACUCCUUUAUUUUCUCCUUCUCUUUACUUCCUCUAUAUAGGUGUUGUUGUGAGCACUCAUGAACUACCCGAAAAAUUCGCUGUGGCUUGGUGUGAACAGUUUAAUUUCUCAUUCAUACUUUGGAGAGAUGUAGAUCCUGCCCUAACAACCUAUCUUUGUCCCGGUACUCUCAUAGCAUAUGAUGUAGAAAUCUUAAAUAGAACUACCGACAGUUUCCGAAGGAUCAGCUCUCGAGGGUACGAGCUCAGAGCUCCGAAGAGCUACGGAAACAGCAAACAUCCUGAUUUCAGAAAUAUUCCAGUCGCUCACUAUUCUGGAAAUAGGAAUGAGACUUAUUCGCAAAGGGUAGAAUGGAGAGACUCAUUCACCCUCAGACCUACCCAGGAUGAAGAUAAUCUGUAUAUAGCAAAAGGACACAAUCUGACGGCUCAAAUCCCCCUGUGUGAUGCUAUGCGUUUAGUGUCAGCCAACCUCACUUCAUUCACAGGGGUAGCGGAAGUCAAAACGGAAUCCUUCGGAGACGAUAAAUAUUAUUGGAGAAUGAAAGAGUAUGUAUAUGAAGGAAAGGUUUGCACGUUAGAUGAAAUGUUGGCCAGACACGCAGCAAAUUCGUUUGAUUACUCUCCGCCUUCCGAUCAUCGCAGAAAACAACGAAGCAGCGAACCGUUUGCUAGAAAAGAUGAGAGGCCCACAACACCCAAAAAGCGGAACUUUACAACAGCCGUGAUGAAGCCAAUAAUGACCAAAACAACUGAUGUGUCCUUUAAAAUACCAGACACUGACAUGAGCAUCUUCUUAGGACUUGUAGUUAACUUUGACAUGGUAUGGAUCGUUUACUCCAUGCAGCAUUCCGAGUUCAUUAAGAUAGAAGGAAGUGUUGAAAUGAGAACAGGCACGUGGUACAAAUUUCAUGUUUAUGAUAAAGAUCCUUGUUCCCAUGUUUUGACUUUUGAGCAUUUCGUGUGUGAAAAAUUGGAUCGGGACCCACCUAAUACACAUAUUCGGUUUCUUCCGUCACGCGAGAGCAGCCGUUCUGGACUUGUCAUAUUGGUCACUGUCUUAACCCCAAUUGUUGAUGUUAACUCUGGUGAGUUGUACUUCCAACAUCCUAUGAUAAAGAAUAUGAUGAGCUCUGAAGACAUCAUAGACGAAGCAUUCAAGUUCCAAGGUUGUGAAGUUAUGGCAGAGUUGACAUGUCUGAGCACUGGAUGGGAGAUCAUGAAAAUUCAUGAGAAAACAGCUACUUCGAACUUAGCGAAGUUGAUUGACCCUUUCUUUGUAUACGAGUUCCACUUUUACGAUGAAUAUCUGGAGCAGUUGCGAAUACUAGAGGAACUCCAGCAACUGAAAUACCUUGAGAAAUCUGUACGAAAGCAACCAAGUCCGCCUGAUAAGCUGCCAGAGCCUCCUGUACCAGAACCACCUAAACCAACUAUUGCCAACGAUUUGUUCUCAUUCAUACACAAGCUGAAUAUUGAAGCAGACAAGAAGCUUGGAGUUGUUAGUGCACUAACUAAAAAGCUGGAAACAGAAAAUUCUUCUGUUCCAGAAAAUGUGCUCGAUAGUAAAGAGAACUACAUGAUGUUUCUGAAAGAGAAGUUCUACGAGAAGCCUACGAUGGAUGAUCGACUGAAAAUUUCGAAUAUCAUGAAACCAAAAGUGCCUAAAGACAGCGAAAACUCUCAAUCGAAGUUAGUAGAAACUAUCGUCGACAGCGACAGCUCCUCUUGUUCCUCAACCCCCUCUUGCUCUAAAGAUGCUAAGAAUACCAAUCAAGCGAACGUUAGUCAAGCUCACAUUUCACCAGAAGGCGAACAGACAUUAGAUAGAACGGAUCUCUCAUGUUCUGUCUUCAUAGAUGACACACCCAGUACCUCUGUUUCGCAACAAAAUCUUACGCUCAUUGAAGGCUCAUCACAACCACCCGAUGAUAAACAUAUUGUGACAGAGAACAACCCAGAAGAAAUUCCUGAUGGGAAUGAGAUAGCGGGAAGCUCAUACGAGCCGCCUACAACAGCUAGCUCAUUUUCGGAGGAAUUUUCUUCAAAAGAUGUUUCACCUGUAACAGCGGGUUUAAUGAAGCGUUCAAAGAAGUCAUCAAGUUUUUUCCCUGGUAUUUCUCGGAGCAAAAGAGUUAUGAAAUCUCUGAAAGCUGAGACUUCAAUUGCUAAUGUCCCGACACCUAGCGAAAGCCCGUCUGAUCAAAAAUGUGAUGCGAAAUUAGUGCAACGAGAGCUUUCCGAAGAUCCCAAGCUUCUAUCAGAUUCGGAAGAAGAACUUCAGUCUUUACCGGCUGCUAACAGUCCAAUAACUCCCCCACCGUACAUUCCAUUAAUAGGAGAAGAAAUAAUGGAUGAUCGUGAACUAGAGAAAGAAGAGCCUAUAGGAAUUACUGAUGAUCAAAGAUUCGCUGUUGGUUUGGUGGUGAAAGAAUAUGCUUCUUACGUAUUACUCUACUCUCCUGACAGUAACUUCAAAACAAUUCUAGUCAAAAGCUGUUUGAUCAGAGGUUCGCCGUUCGAUAGAGCUGGGCUCGCAGCGAAAAUUGGUGUAUGGAUGAAGAUUUCUAUGGUCCAACCAAGAAGGCCUCGUGGCAGAGAUAUUGAACAUCCUCCUAUUUUUUCUCAUAUCGCCAUAUCACCACCUGAACCAUUUGAUAUUCAGUCUGUUUCGAUGGAAACACCGUGGCAACAAAGAUUUUUCAAUGGAAUCUUCGAGACAUACCAGACAGUUACGUUGAAGACUGACGAUGAUAUACCAACGGUUACCUACAAUGAUAGGAUUUGCUAUCAUAUGCAAUCUUCGUUCACUGUUUGGGUCUUAAUUCCUAUGGAAAGGUUAGAACUUAUUGUACGAGGAGGAUUCUCUAACAUGAAUUGUAAACUGAGUUUCUGGGUUACACGCAUAAAAUGCGAGGAGGUUAACGCUUUGUUUCUUUGUGAUAAUCAACCUAUCCAAAUUGAAAAAGACGAUGGCACUCUUGAUGAGCUGAAGGGCAAGUUUGGUCUAGGUGCUGCUGAGGAAAGCAUUCCUGAACCUAUGCAGAGUUGCAUGAAGAGUUUACCGCCUUUGACGUUUUCUGAUAAGCCCGAUGUAAAGAUUAUAACCGCCGAUAAUUCUCUAACGGAAGUUUUCGACGAUGAACGUAAUUGUUCUAGCUUGCAGCGAAGUUUGAGUAAGCAAAGCACAUUGACACCAAAUGCUACUUCUACCCCGGUAGCAUCGGAUAGCGAAGAUUCCGAUGACUACGGUAUUAGUGGCGUUGGGAUAAUAGGCGAAGUCGACUACCCCGAAGGAGAUCUUCGAGAUUUGUUUAUAGAUAAACUGGAAAUUUUAAGUCACCCCCGUGUUAUGGAAACAUUGGAGGAACAAGAGCUGGAUUGCCUUAUGCCAUAUCUAAUGGAUUGGAGAGAGGAGAUGCGAGAUCAGCUGUAG